UACCAAGCAAAGACCCUCAACCUCUACAUAAAUUACAAAAUAAGUGCGUUAAAUCCAUGCCUGACUAACCGGUAGGGACCAUAUAAAACGGUUAAUCUCAACACCCCACCAAAUUGAAUUUGAAAACCAAAAUCGAAAUCAAAAUCAUUUGGCUCCUUUGAUUCAUUCAUCAAAUCAAAAAAUCCAUUUUCCAUGGGCACUUCUCAGAGCCGCGAAGGCCUCGAAGUCACCGACUCAGACUCCGACUACGAAAACGAAGAAGAAACAGAGCACUACGAAGACGCGAAAACCACCCACUCCACCGAGCUCGAUGACGUGGACGCGAAACUCAAAGCCUUAAAACUCAAAUACCAAACGCCGUCUUCCUCCGCCAAACCGCUUCCCCAAAACGCCGUUAAGCUCUAUCUCCACAUCGGCGGCAACACUCCCAACGCCAAAUGGAUCCUCUCCGACAAACACACCUCCUACGCUUUCCACAAAGACACCGACGAAAACGAAAACGACGAUGUUUGGCUCCUCACUGUAGGUUCCAAGGUCCGCGCUAGGGUUUCCUCCGAAAUGCAAUUGAAGAUGUUCGGCGACCAGCGCCGCGUCGAUUUCGUCGCCGACGGCGUCUGGGCCCUCAAGUUCCCCUCCGAUGACACCUACCGCCGAUUCGUCACGGAAUUUCAGAGCUGCAUGUUCGAGAACGUGUACGGAAUCGAGUGCACGGAAGAAAACAAGGUCAAAAUCUACGGUAAAGAGUUCAUCGGCUGGGUGAAGCCGGAAGCCGCCGACGAUUCCGUCUGGGAGGACGCCGUCUCCGGAGAACCGUCUCCUUCGCCGUCGCCGUCGCGGCGGAGAAACGAUUUAAUGGAGGAAUUCGAAGAGGCCGCGAAUGGCGGGGUCCAAACCCUAACCCUAGGCGCUUUGGAUAAUAGUUUUAUGGUGAACGACACCGGCGUCCACGUGUACCGCAACUUCGACCGCGGGAUCCACGGCAAGGGCGUCGCCGUGAAAUUCGCCGGAGAUGGUUCGACACCGAACAAGGCUUUGUUGAUGCGCGCAGAAACGAACAUGAUGCUGAUGAGUCCCUUAAACGACGGAAAGCCCCACGCUUCGAAGCUUCACCAGCUCGACAUUGAAACGGGGAAGAUUGUUACGGAGUGGAAGUUUGGAAAAGACGGUGCUGACUUAACGAUGAGGGAUAUCACCAAUGACACCAAAGGGUCGCAGUUGGACCCUUCGGAGUCAACGUUUUUGGGGCUGGAUGAUAACCGGUUGUGCCAGUGGGACAUGAGGGAUAGGAAGGGAAUUGUUCAGAACAUUGCCACGGCGAGUUCUUCUCCCGUUUUGCAUUGGAGCCAGGGGCAUCAGUUUUCCAGAGGGACUAACUUUCAGUGCUUUGCGACCACCGGUGAUGGGUCCAUUGUUGUGGGGUCUCUUGAUGGGAAGAUAAGGUUGUACUCGAAGACGUCGAUGAGGAUGGCUAAGACAGCAUUUCCCGGGCUUGGUUCGCCGAUUACUAGUGUUGAUGUUACUUAUGAUGGCAAGUGGGUGCUUGGCACUACGGAUACCUACUUGGUGCUCAUUUGUACCUUGUUUACGGAUAAAGAUGGGAGGACGAAGACCGGAUUUAGUGGUAGAAUGGGGAACAGGAUACCUGCUCCGAGGCUCUUGAAGUUGACUCCUCUUGAUUCGCAUUUGGCUGGCGCGAACAAUAAGUUUCACGGUGGCCAUUUCUCGUGGGUCACUGAGAAUGGUAAACAAGAACGCCACCUUGUUGCAACUGUGGGCAAGUUUAGUGUGAUAUGGGAUUUUCAGCAGGUGAAGAACAGUGCUCAUGAAUGUUACAGGAAUCAAGAAGGGCUGAAGAGCUGUUACUGUUACAAGAUAAUAUUGAAGGAUGAGUCCAUUGUAGAAUCGCGAUUUAUGCACGACAAAUUUGCUGUUAGUGACUCUCCAGAAGCUCCGUUGGUGGUGGCAACUCCUAUGAAAGUCAGCUCAAUCAGCAUGUCUGGAAAGCGACAUGGUUAAACCUCUGUUUACAUUUUUUCUUUAAAGGUUUCAAAUUUCUAGUGUUAGGAGUGUCUUUGAAGUUUGAACAAUAUACUUGCUUGUAUCCAAGUUUGAGAUGCUGUUAUUUUUCUGUAAAGCACGUUUUAGGUUGCCCUGUAUGUAUUUUCUUCUUUUUUGUGAUUACAAGUUUGGGUUUGCUGACUGAAUUGUCCUUUUUUAUUACAAAUAAUAAAAUAAUUGCUUAUGAAGAAGAGGCAAUUCCACCGUUAUAGUUUUUA